AUGAAAUACUUCAUGAAAGCAGAUUGGAUAGAUUUUUUGACACCCUUCAUUGAAAUACAGCUACCACCACGCCCUGCUAAAAUCACAAGUACACAGGUACCAUCAGAAAAGAUUCUCAGAGCUGGAAAAAUUUUACGCAAUGCUAUUCUUUCUCGAGCACCUCACAUGAUUAGAGACCGUAAAUAUCAUCUGAAAACAUACCGACAGUGUUGUGUUGGAACAGAACUUGUUGAUUGGAUGAUUCAGCAGAGUCCAUGUGUUCAUUCACGUAUACAGGCUGUUGGCAUGUGGCAAGUACUACUUGAAGAAGGUGUUCUCAACCAUGUGGACCAGGAGCAUCAUUUCCAGGACAAAUACUUGUUUUAUCGUUUUCUGGAUGAUGAACAAGAAGAUGCCCCUAUACUCACUGAAGAGACAAAGAAGGAGUGUGAGGAGGAGCUGCAGGAUACAUUACUUCUGCUUUCCCAGAUUGGACCAGAUGCCCACAUGAGGAUGAUUUUGAGAAAGCCGCCUGGCCAAAGGACUGUUGAUGAUCUAGAAAUCAUAUAUGAAGAACUACUACACAUUAAGGCCCUGUCUCAUCUUUCUACAACAGUAAAGAGAGAACUGGCUGGAGUUUUAAUCUUCGAGUCUCAUGCCAAAGCAGGGACAGUAUUGUUCAACCAGGGAGAAGAAGGUACAUCCUGGUAUAUUAUACUGAAGGGAUCUGUAAAUGUGGUGAUUUAUGGCAAGGGUGUGGUGUGUACAUUACAUGAAGGAGAUGAUUUUGGCAAGUUAGCUCUUGUAAAUGAUGCUCCAAGAGCAGCCUCCAUUGUUCUUCGGGAAGACAACUGCCACUUCCUUAGAGUGGACAAAGAAGACUUCAACAGAAUCCUCAGGGAUGUUGAAGCCAACACUGUCAGGCUUAAAGAACAUGAACAGGAUGUACUGGUGCUAGAAAAGGUGUCCACAGGCAGUAGAGCUUCUAAUCAAGGAACCACACAGACUCCAUGCAAGUACACAGUAAUGUCUGGAGUACCAGAAAAAAUUUUAGAGCACUUCCUGGAAACUAUGCGACUUGAAUCAACAUCCACAGAAAUCACAGAUUCUGCCCUUGAUGAUUUUGUGCUGAUGCACUGUGUAUUCAUGCCAAAUAGCCAGCUGUGUCCAGCCUUGAUGGCACAUUAUCAUGCACAACCUUCCCAAGGAACAGAACAAGAGAAAAUGGACUAUGCACUUAAUAACAAAAGAAGAGUCAUCCGCUUAGUUUUACAGUGGGCAGCUGCAAAUGGAGAGCUCCUGCAAGAAGAUGAAGCAGCCACUGCUUUUCUUGAAGAGUUUCAUGUGUCAGUGUCAGAUGAUUGCAGAAUGAUACCAGCCUUAAAAGAGAUGCUUCCAGAAUUAGAGAAGAUUGUGAAACAAAAUUCUGAAGAAGCAAAAGUGCAUCCAAAGAAGCACAGAGUUCUUUUGCGUCAGUUUAGCAUGGGUGAGGAAAAACAACAAAAACGUCAGCCGAUCAGAGGUAUUGAUGAAAUUUUAUUUAAGGUUUAUUGCAUAGAUCACACUUAUACCACCAUCCGUGUGUCAGUGGCAGCAUUGGUAAAGGAGGUGAUUGAUGCAGUAGCAGACAAACUGGAUUCAGGAGAUGGACUGAUUUUGGUUAAAAUGAGUUCAACAGGAGAAAAAGUGGUUUUAAAAAACAAUGAUGUUUCAGUCUUUACAACUCUCAGUGUCAAUGGUCGACUCUUUGUAUGUCGAAGAGAUCAGUUUGACUCACUGACACCACUGCAGGAACAAGAAGGGCCAUCAUCAGGAAGUAUGGGCACUUUUGAAUUGAUGAGUUCCAAAGACUUGGCCUAUCAGUUGACAGUUUAUGACUGGGAGCUUUUCAACUGUGUGCAUGAGUUGGAACUCCUGUAUCAUACAUUUGGAAGACACCUUUUCAAGAAGACCACAGCAAACUUAGAUUUGUUUCUGAGAAGAUUUAAUGAAAUUCAGUACUGGGUUGUUACUGAGAUAUGCCUCUGUGCCCAGCUUAGCAAACGUGUACAACUGCUGAAGAAAUUUAUUAAGAUUGCGGCACACUGUAAAGAAUACAAAAAUCUGAAUUCCUUUUUUGCAGUUGUUAUGGGGCUGAGCAAUGUUGCUGUGAGUCGACUUGCACAAACUUGGGAGAAACUCCCAAGCAAAUUCAAGAAAAUUUACGCAGAAUUUGAAAACUUAAUGGAUCCUUCACGAAAUCACCGGGCUUAUCGGUUUACAGUUGCAAAACUGGAUCCUCCAAUUAUUCCUUUCAUGCCCUUACUCAUAAAAGAUAUGACUUUUACACAUGAAGGCAACAAGACAUUAAUUGACAAUUUAGUAAAUUUUGAAAAGAUGCGCAUGAUUGCAAAUACAGUUCGAAUCGUAAGAUACUGCAGAAGUCAGCCAUUUAGUCCAGAUGCUGUGCAGGCCAACAAAAAUUAUCAAGAUGUACGAAACUAUAUAGUUCAACUAAAUGUGAUCGACAACCAAAGAACGCUUUCACAGCUUUCCCACAGGUUGGAGCCACGAAGAUCAUAAAUCCAGCAGAUAUGAAAUUCAGCACAAUACUAAAACAGAGUUGCUGUAAAAAAAAAAAAAAAGAAAAGAAAAAACAUGCUCUGUGCUGCUAAAGGGCAGACAGUAUCCAGAAAUAAACCAAUACAAAAGCACAGAAAAGUUAUCAUGGGCAGGGUAUAAAAGCCUUUUCCAUUCAAAUGGAACACUUACAAAUAUUAUCACUUAGGUAUGUCUUCAGCAAAACUGCCAUCCUAAUACUACAUCAUCACAGUUUAUAUGAAGCACUGUUUAUGGCUGCUGAUAAAAAUUUAUUACAAUUAAUAACUCUUUCUGAACGUGGAACAUAUUUUACAGUUCUACUUUACCAGUGCCUGACUUUUUUUCGCAAAUAGCUUCAGCAAAUAGCAAGUGUUUAUUCAGGAAACUUUAGCAUGCAAUGCCAUAAGGUAAAGAGGGAGCAAACCAGCUGCUGUUGUGGUCUGUGUAUGUAUCAGUCACCUGUGCUUAUAUUAUGUAUGUCUGGUUUUAAUUGUUUUAAAACCUGGCAGCUUGCUCUUACAUCACCUCUCCUUUGCAGCCUCAUCACCCAUAUAGUUGAUGACUCCAAGAGACAUUCCUGAAAAAGUUAUUUUUAAUUUCAGUCUGGAAAAACAUCAGACCUAUUUUGGUCUGAGAAGUUCAAGCAACAGCACUAUUCUUUAUUUUAAUUUAUAAAUAUAACUGCAUAUACUACUUAAGAAAAAGCACUGAAUGCUCUCUGCAGAACGUACUGAAGUAUUUAUAAAUCAUAUUGAAAAAAAAGAGCACAAAUGCAAACACAUUGUUUAGCUUUGUCAAGUUUGUGAUUUCAGUGUUAAAAGUAUUUGUUUGAGCUGUAAAUUCUCAACAGUUAAUUUACUCCAGCAGUAUAUGACAUAGUGACUGAAUGGGUCACAACUUUUUGAAUAUGUUUAAUUUAAGUUCAAGUGUCUGUUCAGCACUCUUAGCCAUGUAUUGUAAAUAGACACUUUAUCUCAUUUUUUGUGAGUGUUAUAAAUAAUAGAUAUUGUGCCAAAAUAGUAAGGUAAUUAUUUUGUUAAUUUUCAUGUAAUUUAAAUACUUUUAUGCUUCA